AUGAAGUGCACCAAGAAGCCGGCUGUGUUCGACGACCAGAUAAUCACUAUCGCACCGCGAUCCUACACAAAGAAGGUGCGCGACGAUCUCAUCGAGAAAGUAGUCUCUCAUGGAGGCUGUCCCGUCGAAAACGUAAAUCCAAAGGUCGACUUCGUGGUGUGCUCCAACAAAGAGAAGGACGACUCGGAGGUGCUCGAGGCAGCCUCGCGCCUCAAGAUCCCGCUCGUCACUGUUAAGCAGGGCAAGAUGCUCAGCGCCGCCAAGUUCAACCCCUUUGGCGAGGCCGACGACGACGAAGAAGAGGAAGAGGAGGAGGAGGAAGCGCCCACGACGAAAGGCGCCGCCCAGCUCGUCAUCUUCUCGUCGUCGUCAUCGUCCAAGAAAGUGAAGCUGAUCAAGAAGGGCCGAUCUGCGGUGGACCCCAACGCUCCCGCCCACGUACAGAAAGGGGCGCACAUCUAUGAAGAGGAAGACGACAUCUACGACGUCAUGCUCAACCAGACGAACAUCUCGCACAACAACAACAAGUUCUACGUCCUGCAGCUGCUCGAGGACGACAACAAGAAGAGCUUCUGGGUGUGGACCAGAUGGGGCCGCGUGGGAGCGAUCGGCCAGAGCAAGCUGGUCGCGUGCGGUUCCAGCGUGGACAAGGCCAAGAGAGAGUUCGACAAAAAGUUCCGCGAGAAGACCGGCAAUGACUUUGACGACCGGGCCAACUUCGAGCCCGUCAAGGGCAAGUACACCAUGGUCGAGCUCGACUACGGCGCCAACGACGACGAUGACGACGACGCGGUGGAGAAGCAGAAGAAGGCGCUGAAGAAGGUGGAUGACGACGGAGACAUCGAAUGCAAGCUCGACGACCGCCUGCAGUACCUGGUCAAGCUCAUCUGCAACCUCAGCAUGAUGAAGGAGACGCUCGUUGAGAUGGAGUUUGACAUCAACAAGAUGCCUCUCGGCAAGUUGAAGAAGAAUCACAUCAACAAGGGCUACGGUGUGCUGAAGAAGAUCGAGAAGGUGCUAGGCCGCGCCCCCAUCAACAAGGCCAAGCUCACCGAGCUCACCAACGAGUUCUACUCGCUCAUCCCUCACGACUUUGGCAUGGGCCGACCGCCGGUGCUGGACACGAACAAGCAGCUGAAGAAGAAGAUGGCCAUGCUCGAGGCGCUGGGCGACAUCGAGAUCGCCACGUCGCUGCUGAAGGGCAGCGCCGUGUCGGGCGAGCACCCGAUCGACUCCUCCUACAAGGCCCUCAACACCACCCUCGAGCCCGUCGACCGUAACAGCCGGGACUGGAGCAUCGUCGCCCAGUACGUCAAGAACACCCACGCGCCCACGCACACCAGCUACAAGCUCCGCCUCAAGGAGCUGUACGCGGUGGAGCGGCCGGGCGAGGAGGAGCGGUUCAAGCCCUACGCGGCGCUGGGCAACCAGCAGCUGCUGUGGCACGGCUCGCGGCUCACGAACUGGAUGGGCAUCCUCUCGCAGGGUCUUCGUAUUGCGCCGCCUGAAGCCCCCUCGACCGGUUACAUGUUCGGAAAAGGAGUCUAUUUUGCGGACUUGGUGACGAAGAGCGCCAACUACUGUCACGCGAGCCGCGAGAACCCGGUGGGCGUGAUGCUGCUCUCGCGCGUGGCCCUGGGCAAGACGUACGACUGCACGCAGGCCGAGUUCAUGAACGCCAACAAGCCCGGCUUCGACUCCACCAAGGGCUGCGGCGCCACCGGACCCGACCCCGCCGAGAACGUCACCAUGACGGAUGGAACGGUGGUGCCGCUGGGCAAGCCGGUGCCGACGGGCACGUCGAACACGAGUCUGCUCUACAACGAGUUCAUCGUGUACGACGUCGCGCAGCUGUUGAUCAAGUACCUCGUCGUGGUCGAGUUCAAGUACAGCUGA